UUGGAGAUCUGGGAACCUCGGAGGGAGCCCGGUGGCGACAGAUGCGAAGGCACCAUGGACUCCCCUGGUGAGCCAAGCUUCCCUUCCGGACUGCUCUCAGGGGGUGCUUCUCCUAGUGGCGAUGAAGGAUUCUUUCCCUUUGUGCUGGAGCGACGAGACUCCUUCCUGGGAGGAGGGCCAGCGCCAGAAGAGCCAGAGGACCUAUCCCUGCAGCUGCAACAGAAAGAGAAGGACCUGUUGCUGGCCGCUGAACUUGGCAAGAUGCUUCUGGAGCGCAACGAGGAGCUUCGGAGGCAGCUGGAGACACUGAACACUCAGCACCUGGAGCGUGAAGAAAAGCUGCAGCAGGAGAAUCAUGAGCUCCGUCGAGGACUGGCUGCCCGGGGUGCUGAGUGGGAGGCCAGAGCUGUGGAACUGGAGGGAGAUGUGGAAGCCCUGCGGGCCCAGCUUGGCGAACAGCGGUCAGAGCGGCAGGACAGUGGUCGAGAGCGGGCGAAGGCCCUUGCUGAACUCAGCGAGCAAAACCUCAGGCUCAGCCAGCAGCUGGCCCAGGCCUCCAGGACUGAGCAGGAGCUUCAGCGGGAGCUGGACACCCUUCGGGGGCAAUGUCAGACUCAGACCCUGGCAGGGGCAGAGCUGAGAGCGAGGCUGGAGAGUCUGCAGGCAGAGAAUCAGAUGCUGCAAGACCGACGGCAGGACCUGGAGGCCCAGAUCCGAGGCCUUCGUGAAGAAGUGGACAAAGGGCAGGGCAGGCUACAGACCACCCAUGAGGAGUUGCUGCUGCUUCGCAGAGAGAGAAAAGAACACAAGCUGGAGCUGGAACGAGCGCGCUUUGAGGCUGGAGAGGCGCUGAGCACGCUGAGGAGGCUGCAGCGGAGGGUGUCGGAGCUGGAGGAGGAGUCGCGACUCCAGGACGCUGAGAUAUCGGGUGCCUCCCUGCAGACCGAGCUCGCCCACAGCCUUGACAGUGACCAAGACCAAGACCAGCAAGUCAAUGAAUGCGGAGGCUCUCAGGCCAUAUUGUCCCCUGAGACUCAAGAGGCAUCCAGUCCCCAGCCUUCAAUCCAGGAAGAGACCUUGGAGCCACCCAAGAAACGAGCAUCCCUGAGCCCAGUGGAGAUACUGGAGGAGAAGGAGGCAGAAGUGGCCAGGCUGCAGGAUGAGAUCACGCUACACCGCACAGAACUACAGACGCUUCGGGAUGAGCUGCAGAGACAAAAGGAGCUGAGAGCACAGGACAAUCCAGAGGAAGCCCUAAGCUGUGCGCUCUCUGACAGGGAUGAAGCAGUGAACAAGGCCCUGAAGCUGUCACUGGAGCUCAGUCGUGUCUCCCUAGAGCGGGACUCUCUGUCCCGGGAGCUGCUGCGCGCCAUCCGCCAGAAGGUGGCGCUGACGCAAGAGCUCGAGGCUUGGCAGGACGACAUGCAGGUAGUGAUUGGACAGCAGCUGCGCUCCCAGCGCCAGAAAGAGCUCAGUGAGGCUGCAGCCACCCCAAGACGCGCGAAGACCCGCUUUUCACUGCGCCUGGGAUCGGGGCAGAGUGGAAGCUUUCUGAGCAACCUCUUCCGAAGGACCUGAGGGUUGGGGGCCAGGGCUACCUUUUCUCACUCUGGAGCUCAAUUUCCUAACAGCCAAUGGAACCACGGGGCCUAAAAUAACUUCCAAGGGAAGUCUUCCAUGCCCCAAGAGGUGUACAAAGGCACUUUGGGUGCUGGGGCCAGCUUUGGGGCAGGUGCCCCAGGUGGGUGGCGGGAGCAGAGCUGUUUAUUUUUUGAAUCUAUAUAGAUCUAUCUUUUCUAAGCGCCAGGUCCUGCCCCAUCUGUGUGAGAGGGGUGGGGAUGGGUAUUUAUGUGUAAGGAUAAGUCAGAGCUAGAUAUACAUAUAUAUAAAUCACUAUACUUAAUUGGUCUCCAUUUUUGGGAAGAAAAUGCAAACAAGAAAA